AUGUCUCUGCACUACCGCGUCAAUCAAAUGGAUGACCGCAUCCCUGCGUCCGGACGAAUCCCCGUCAUCGCUCGACCGUUCGUUGAACGUUUUGUUGAGGAAGAAUGUAUUCCCGCGGAUCCUGUCUUCGAGCAGCAACUCGGCACUGGAACGGUUGCACGCUUCGACUCUCACCCUAGAAUCAUCGAAGACCUCAAGACCAGAGCCAAAAGCCUGGGACUUUGGAACCUGUUCCUACCAAAGAAUCAUUUUCAGGAGAGUCCAGGCUUUAGCAACCUCGAAUAUGGCUUGAUGGCAGAAUAUCUUGGCAAGUCUGUGAUCGCCAGCGAGGCCACGAAUUGUUCAGCUCCGGACACUGGCAAUAUAGAGCUCCUGGCAAAAUAUGGGAACGAAGCUCAGAAGGACAAGUGGCUAGCUCCUCUCUUGAAAGGAGAGAUACGAUCGGCUUUCUUGAUGACCGAGCCCCAGGUGGCCUCGAGCGACGCUACGAAUAUCGAGCUCGCUGCGCGUCUAGACGGAGACUACUAUAUUCUUAACGGACAGAAAUGGUGGUCAAGUGGUGCUGGUGACAGAAGAUGCAAAAUUUAUAUCGUUAUGGCGAAAACCGACCCAGAAAACCCUGACAAAUACAAACGACAAUCAGUUAUUCUCGUGCCAGCAGACACCUUAGGUAUCACGGUCCACCGUAUGCUGUCCGUCAUCGGUUUCGACGCGGCUCCACACGGUCACGGUCAUAUAUCUUUCAACGACGUUCGUGUUCACAAAGACAAUAUGGUUCUUGGCAGAGGAAGAGGUUUCGAGGUCGUUCAAGGUCGCCUCGGUCCUGGUCGUAUUCACCACGCCAUGAGAUCGAUUGGUGCUGCUGAGAGAGCUCUCGAAUACUUCUUAGCACGUAUUAACGACACUACUAAGACCCCUUUUGGCAAACAACUCCACAAGCAGGGUAUGAUACUCGAACGUGUUGCACGUUCACGUAUCGAAAUCGACUCUGCUCGCCUUGCAGUCCUGAACGCUGCUAUAAAAAUUGACGAGGAGAAUGCGAAGAACGCACUGCAUGAGAUUGCCAAGAUAAAGGUUCAAGUACCGUCAAUGUACCUUGACAUUGUGGACCGCGCGAUACAAGCAUACGGCGGGGCGGGUGUAUCACAAGACACUCCUCUUGCGGCGAUGUUGGCUAACGCCCGCACAAUGAGAAUUGUGGACGGUCCUGACGAGGUACACAUUAUUCAGCUUGGUCGCAAUGAGAGUAAGCGCGGCCCUGCGUUGCUGAGGAGAAUUGAGGGCCAGAAGCAGAAGACGCGGGACCUCUUGGAAAAGUACAGACUUGAGGAGAGAGACGUACUGCAGCUAAACAGAACGAGCGGACGGAAACUUAAGUUGUAG